GGUAUAUUCUUUAAUUCACCGGUUGAGCUACCGGUGCAACCGGUUAGCCAAGUUUGCGUCCUUUAAUUUCCGCUGGAACGACAGGUUGUACAUCAAACUUCGAGAGGAAGGGGAAAUUCCAUUUGUUCCCGCUCCGGUUCACUACGGGAUCUCGUGAAAAAAUCUCUAAAAGCACUGGAAAGCGGCUAUUGUAGCAGAAGUCACAGCACAUCUGUCAGUUGUCAACUGCAAAAGAGACGCUGUUCAAUGUUAUGUGUUCUGUGGUUCAAUGUUCAAAUUAUUUGUUUAUUUUUAACGGUUUCAUGUGGGUUUCAUUUAUUUCUACCCAGUAUUUAAAUGGUCACAUAAUUAUUUUGAUAUCGUAUACCUAAAAAUGGGCGACAAACUAGAAGUUCAAUUCAAGAAAAUAUUGGACGCCGCACAAAAGAAUAGAGCCUCUCACCAGAAAUGUUUGCAUCAACUAGAUGGGAUCUACAAAAAGGUGGAAUCCAACAGAUUCAAGCAGAUCUUCUUAAAAUUGUUAAAAGUUAUAUUCGCGACAGAAGUGUUUGGUGCAAAGAACGAGAAUGUGGAAAGGUUACUGGAAUUCGUUUCUCAGUUUGUGGUACAAACUAUCCCUAAAGAAGAGAGCGAAAAUGAAAGUGUAUCAGAAGAUCCUUUUGAGGAUGUAAACACUCAUCCUUUUUUCACAGAUGCUGUUAUGGAAACUUUGAAGUACCAUCGCUUAGCAAAUGUAUCACUACGCUACAACUCAUGCUUAUUCCUCAGACUUUUACUGCAGAAUAUUAGCAGUAAUAUGAAUAUCGAUUAUUAUGUUUGUGAGAAAAUUGGGCUGGCUAUGCUGGAGAGAACAGCAGAUUUGAAAUCAUCAAUCAGAUUACAAGCUGUAAUGGCAUUGGAGAAGCUACAAGACCCUACAGCUCCUAACUGCCCGGUAGUAACAGCUUAUUUAGGCUUACUUCAAGAUGCAAAUCCAUUGAUUCGCAGAGAAGUGAUGAGAAGGAUUGCCCCGUAUGUAGGUUCUGCCCCUUAUAUUUUGAGGCAUUUGAGAGAUGUGGACGCUAAUGUCAGACUACAAGCAUUUAAAAGAGUGGCUGACAUGGGGCCAAAGAUGUUCAAAAUCUACGAACGACAAGAUAUUCUGACGUCUGGCCUUAAUGAAACUAACGAAAAGGUAAAAAAAUCUUUCCAAGAAAACCUGCUCAUCAAGUGGUUAAAUGCUUACGAAGGUGAUUUUAUCAAAUUUCUUGACUCCAUAAAAAUAGAUGCUGAUGAGAUGGACAUGUUGAAAACUCAGCAUAUCAGUAAGAGGCUUAUGGACAUUUACUUUAGGAUUCGUCCAAUCGGAGAUGUCAUCUCUUCACUACCUUUGAAUGAGGACAAACUAAUUCCCCAGGAAAAAAUGGUUGGACAAGUAAUUUUAUUAUGGGAUCUGUUAGUUCAACACGUGAGGAAGUGUGGCGGUGAUUUAAACAUAGACUCAGAGGACAUUUUACCAGAGCUAACACCAUUUUGUAAUUAUAUCCAAAGGACAAUUGAUAGCGCUAAAGGAAAAGGUAUGGAAGACUGGGAGUACCUAGAAUACCAGCAUAUUUUGUACAGCCUUUUAGAGAUAGCAGAAGGAUAUGAUUUAAGUGAUGAGGUUGGUCGUAAAACUUUACAUCAAAUGGUAAUGAAGCUAUUAACAGAUGAAAAAAAUCAUUUACGCAUCAAGAGAAAGUUAUUAAAAAUUGCCAGUGAACUUUAUCCAAAAUCAGAGGAUAUUAUCCCAGCUGUCUGCUGCCUCAUAUCUGACAUCACAGAGCCGCUAAUUGAAGUGGAAGAAGAGAUUGCAGCACCGGCACCUACCAAAUAUGACAAUCAUGAUUUCCAAGUUGCUACACUCAAAGUGAAACUGAAUACGUUGGACGAAGAAAUGGAAGACGCUGCUCAUAAAAGAGAUUUCCUCAAAGCAGAACAACUGAAAGAACAGGCUCAAAGAAUCCGAGAAGAAUUGGCUCAUUUGAUAGAAUCGAGAACAGUGCCUCAAGUCAAAGUGCAACAGGUGAAGACUGUCAAAGACGAUCCAAAAACAGUAUCCCACUGCCUGGAACUCCUAAUAGCAUUGCUAGAACUACCGACUGUUAGAAGCAUUUCUACUGCAUUGGAAUUUGUUAAAAAUGAAUUCUUAUUGCCAUUACUUGACAGCACUGUUAUAGAUAUUAACUGGAGAGUUUUGCAGUGCCUUGCACUUUUUGCCAGUUUAAGUCCAGACCUAGCGGAAGAAUACGUCAAAAUUCUUUGUAUUCCGCUGAUGACCUGUCGUGUGGUUCCAAACUACAACAAAUUUGCGCUGAAGGUAUCCAUAAAAGCUGUAGCUGAUCUAUAUUAUUUACAUGGAGCUCAGAUAUUUGGUGGGUUCAACGAAAAUGCGAACGCUACGCAAAGUUCAAACACAAGACGUUUAUAUGACAAUGAACUGGAAGAAAGUAUCGCUGAUCCCAGCAAGUUUCAUUUUGAAAACAUCACCGAUAUUCUGCUGGACCUGAUGGACGAAGAAGAUGUCGAAAUUUUCCAGUAUACUAGUUUGGCAUUGAACAGGUUGAUUUUGAACAAUUUCCCUGUUAAUCCACCAUUCAUCAUGAGGAUCAUUUUGAAGUGGUACAGCCCAGCAACAGCAAAAUCUACCAAUCAAGUACAGCAGGCACUUGGUAUAUUGAUUGUGAAGUACGUCAGUACAGUUAAAGGCGCGAAAGAAAUAGUAGCUAAAGCAGUACUUCCUAUAUUAAGGAAUGUUGCCCAUGUACCCAAAGCUGAUCCAUUGAAUGAAAUUGAUACGGACAACCUCUUGAAUUACCUAGCGGUCAUCACGAGUUCUGCAAAUGAAAAAGAAGCUACUGAUCCACACCUAAAGCUAUCCCGAGCAAUCCUUGUUGAAGUUGGAAGGUAUAUGAAUCCGGCCCAUUUGGGUUAUUUAACAAAAAUGUUAACUUUACUGCACAUUCCUGUUGGAGAUGAGGAUGUUAUCAACAGGAUAAUUGAAACUGCUGAGAAGUUGCUAACGGAUGAGAGUAUACGGCUGGACAAGUCGUCGAUAAAAUACAUAGAGAAAUAUGUCCAGAAAGUUAAGGCAGCAGUUGAACAGAAGAAUAGAGAGAAAGAAUUUGAGAAUGAUAAAAGCCAAUAUACUGAAACAACAGAUAGUAAUACUGGAAAUAACCAAGUAGAGUCUACAGCUGCUGGAAUAGAGAAUAACGUAGCACAUGAUGCAGUGGGAGUUGUGGAAGACUCUCCAGACAACGAUAUGGAAAAAGAAUCCAAUAAUACUGGUAAAAAUGAUGAAUAUGAAAAUAUGAUUAAUAAAAAUAAUAAAAUUAUUAAAUCUGUUACUGAACACAUUGAUUCCAAUGAUGACAUCAGAAGUCCCCCAAGAAAAAUGAGGAAAAAUGGUGUUGUGGAUGAAACAUCUCAGCUAAACAAUGUGAAAGAAAUGAUUAAAAUCAAUUCAAAUCCCGAUACGGAUGAUAAUGGAAGACCAUUAAGAAAGGGAAAGAGAGGUUGGAAACCUAACAAGAAAUAUGAAGAUUAUAGAAAGAAUAGAAAGAAAAUAAAUAAAGUUGUAGAAAAUAAAGCUGAAAACAAUUCGAAUAACGAGGUUGUAGAAAAUUCUAAAUCAACUGAUACUGAUACGAGGAAAAAGGUGUCUGACAACAAUGGGAAGAAUUCUAGUUUUGCUGAAGCUAGCCCAUUGAGAAGAAGCUUCAGACACAGCAAUUGUCAAUCACAGGAUAAAAAUUACAAACGACCUAAAGAUUCAAGGUCACGGGAUUCUCAAAAAGAAAGUGCAAAUUCGACAAACGUGUUGAGCUCUUUUGCAUCUGAAGUAUUUGUUACGAUGAAGAGGCUGCGUUCGGAAGUACAAAAAAAUGGUCAAUGGAAAGAAAAAGCUAAAAAUGGUAAAAAUAUGGAUAAUUUGGUGGUGAAUUUGAGGAAAUUCAAAGAUGGGGCUACAAAUGAUUCUAAAUCAACUGAUACUGAUACGAGGAAAAAGGUGUCUGACAACAAUGGGAAGAAUUCUAGUUCUGCUGAAGCUAGCCCAUUGAGAAGAAGCUUCAGACACAGCAAUUGUCAAUCACAGGAUAAAAAUUACAAACGAAAAGAUUCAAGCUCACGGGAUUCUCAAAAAGAAAGUGCAAAUUCGACAAACGUGUCAAGCUCUUUUGCAUCUGAAGUAUUUGUUACGAUGAAGAGGGUGCGUUCGGAAGUACAAAAAAAUGGUCAAUGGAAAGAAAAAGCUAAAAAUGGUAAAAAUAUGGAUAAUUUGGUGGUGAAUUUGAGGAAAUUCAAAGAUGGGGCUACAAAUGAUACAAAAACACGCGGAGCUGGCAAAAAAAACAAAGACGUUAGCAGCAAUAAACAAAGUUUUUCUGGUGAUGUUCCUAUUCCAUCAAGGUAUGAUAUGCGAUAUUGCUCUAAUAGAAAUGAACUAGACAAACAUAAAGAUGGAAAGGACAAAGAUCUGGAGCCGAAAGGUUCUAAUACCACCGAAAAAGCAUAUCCUAAAGCCAAUCUCCAUGAAAAAGCUCACACCUCGGACAGAAAAUUAAAGAAAAGGUUUAGGCCGUCAUUUAAAGAAAACAAAGGCGUGAAUUCUGAAACUUCAGAUAGCGAAAGUAAUUCUACGGAGAGCGAGGUGGCGGAUACGAGAAGUAAAAGACCGAAAUUGGUACAUCUCGAAAAACAGAUGACCAGAAGCGCUAAACUGGAUUCAGCGAGUCAGAAUUCAGUUUUAUCGGAGCACAACAACACAUCAUAUAGGAGAACCUUCAGACCUAUUGCCGAGAGUACUGCAUGUAUGUUGCAACUGUCGUCAGAAUCGAAAGGAGUGAGAAACGGAGCUCUCACAAGAAGCUUGAGCAGGCUGUCUGAACAAUCGGAGAGAAGGCUGAACGAUAGCCGCGACUCUGAUGCAAGUUUACUCAAAAUAGUUAACAACGUGUCAGAAAAGAUUAAGAAUGCUUCGUUUCCAAGUUUUGAUUCCGACACGAGUUUCAAAACAAAGUCCAGCAAGUCCACCAAAUCCAGCGCAAGAAGUUCACCAAUAAUUUCAGGAGCUCGAAGGAAAUAUCACAUACCAAAUAUAAUGAAGAAACUCCGAACCAGACAAAUACAAUCGGACUGAGUUAUUUCAAUUUUAUUCCUAACACAUCAAUUGUUUAUUUAUAAUUUGUACAAAGUUUUUACUGUUUGAACAAAUAAAGAGUAUCACAUGUGCCAA